UGCCAGUUGUGUCAGUGCAGGGGGCUGUGGUCAGUGCACACCAUCUGUGAUGGACGCACCGGGAGCUGCGAGUGUAAGUCCGGGGUCAGAGGUCAUCUGUGUGACCAGUGCGAGGAGAGACACAUGCUGGUCAGCGAGCAGUGUGUGUCGUGUGAUGACGAGUGCACCGGAGCGCUGCUGGACGAUCUGGACGCUUUAGACGGGUCCAUCGCCUCUCUGAACCUGUCGGGGGUCGUUCUCGCUCCCUACAGCCAGCUGAUGACCCUCGAGAACCAGACCAGAGAGGUCAAGCAGAGUUUGAUGUCGUGGGAGCAGAGCACAGAUUAUCAGCUGACCGCAGGAGAGGAACAUGAGAGCAACCUGACCAAUCACAUCACUGACCUUCAGCAGCAGGUACGACUCGUGUCCGUCAUCACAGUAUCCACGGCAACCGCCGACUGA